UUGUGGCAGCUCUGUACAUGGCGCGGUGUAUUGGGAGUGUUGUAACGUUAUUUACAUUUAACGCUACAGCUUUUCUGGGAAAACACAUUAAUGCCACAGACAAGAAUGCAAUUACCCUUGUAACAAGGAUAUAAAUGAAGCAAUAAUAUAUGAUGUUACCACAUUCAUAGCAGCAGUGAUGAAACAGUUUCAUCACUAUGAGGGACACAGAUUGGAAUUUCCAUUGUGUAGAUAAGGAACAAUUGCGUUAGCUGUGGCAAAUUGUGUUAGUUGUGACAUUGCGUUAACCAGCCAUGAAUCACCACAGCUACCAUCCCCACAACCAGGAUGAAACAGCUGACCAAGUGUCAAAACUGUUUGAUCAGUUUGUCAACGCAAACACCUGUAAUGCCAUUAUGAACACAUUUCAACAGCUGUGUGAGCUGUGUGAUCUCAAGCCAUCAGAACACAAGGAUUUCUACACGAGGUUGAAGGCCAAGGUGAAGUCAUGGAAAGCACAGUCACUCUGGGCCAAACUGGACAAGAGAGCCAGCCAUAAAGAUUACAAGAAUGGUCAAGCAUGUGCUAACACUAGGGUUCUGAUCAUUGGCGGCGGGCCCUGUGGCCUGCGCGUUGGAAUUGAAGCAGCCUUGCUAGGAGCGACAACUGUGAUAGUAGAGAAGAGAGACAGGUUCUCUAGGAACAAUGUGCUCCAUCUUUGGCCAUUUGUUAUCCAUGAUCUCAGAGCCCUGGGAGCCAAGAAAUUCUUUGGAAAAUUCUGUGCUGGAUCCCUAGAUCAUAUCAGUAUCAGGCAGCUACAGUGUAUAUUAAUGAAAGUUGCUCUCAUCUUUGGUGUUCAAAUACAUGUCAAUGUUGGCUUUGAACGCUUGGUUGAGCCACCAGAAGAUCAAACAGAAAAAACUGGCUGGCGUGCUGAGGUCACUCCCAAAGAUGACCCCGUGUCUGUGUUUGAAUUUGAUGUCCUUAUUGGAGCAGAUGGGAAGAGGAACACAGUGCAAGGUUUUAAAAGAAAAGAAUUCCGUGGCAAGCUGGCCAUUGCUAUCACAGCCAACUUCAUCAAUAGGCACACCCAGCAAGAGGCCAGUGUGGAGGAGAUCAGUGGCGUGGCCUUCAUAUUCAACCAGAAAUUCUUUCUUGAUCUCAAGUCAAACACUGGCAUAGACCUGGAGAAUAUAGUGUAUUACAAAGAUGACACACAUUACUUUGUUAUGACAGCAAAAAAGCAGAGUCUGUUAGACAAGGGGGUGCUGAGACAGGAUCACAACGAUACCAUACAGCUGUUGUCUAGAGAGAAUAUAGAUCAGAGCAAACUAUUGGCCUAUGCCACAGAGGCUGCCAAUGUAUCCACCAAUUACAAGCUCCCUAACUUGGAGUUUGCACAUAACCAUUAUGGACAACCAGAUGUGGCCAUCUUUGAUUUUACAUCGAUGUUUGCUGCUGAGCAUUCCUCCAAAGUAAUAGAAAGGCAAGGUCACAAGUUACUUAUUGGAAUAGUGGGAGACAGCUUGCUAGAGCCAUUCUGGCCUAUAGGCUCUGGCUGUGCCCGUGGCUUCUUGGGAUGUCUGGAUGCUGCAUGGAUGAUAAGAAGCUGGGCUUCUGGCAGAAAGACUCCACUAGAAGUCCUAGCUGAGAGGGAAACUAUUUAUCAGCUGUUGUCACAGACAACGCCAGAAAAUCUGAAUAAAAACUUCAAUGCAUACAGCAUCGAUCCUACCACAAGAUACCCCAAAUUGAACAUCACCCAGAAGCCAUACCAAGUACGCAACCUGUAUGAUUGCUUGGACUCCACCUAUAAAGAUGAAGUGGUAGAGGUCCCACACAAGAGAACCAAAACGUAUGAUUUUGUGAUAGACAGUGAGCGUUUGUUGAAGUGGUGCCAGAAGAAGCUGGAGCACUAUAAAGAGUUGGUCCAGGUCACUGAUCUGACCACCUCCUGGAAGAAUGGCAUGGCCCUGUGUAUACUAAUACACCACUACAGGCCACAGUUGAUCGAUGUUUACUCUUUGAAUCCAGAAAAUGCUGCUGAAAAUAACCAGUUGGCAUUUGAUAUAGCAGAGAAGGAGCUGGGUAUCCUCCCUGUUAUGACUGGACAGGACAUGGCCAGCUGUGACAUUCCUGACAAACUCAGCAUGGUCUCUUACAUAUCUCAAUUCUAUGGGCUCUUCAAGAAAGAAAAGUCUGUCAAAUCACCUGGCCCAGAAAAAAGCAAACCCAGUCCGUUCACCACCACUCAAGAGUCCGCUCCUCCACCAAGGAUUAAAUCUCCCACUCAGAGGAUGUCUUUCUUCUCAAGACUGGGACAGAAACUUUCCAGGAAAAAACAUGAAAGGAAAGAAGAAAAGGAAAACAAAGAAACUGGAGAAGAAUCUCUAACCUUUGGUCAGAGCAAGAAAAGAUCCAGAGAUACAAAAGACACUACAGAUGGAGAAGUUGCACUGAAAAAAUUCAACAAGUUUGACAAUGUGGAUAAACAACUACAUGACGCCUCUAAGCACCUUGCAAAAGGAAAUCUGGCAAACCUGGAUGUGGGCGUGAAGGGCAAUAAUAAAGUCAGUGCCCUGGCAGACAAGUUAUUUAAAAAUGUCCAAGCAGCCAAUGAGAUGCCAGGCAGACCAGAAUAUAAGAAACAGGUUUCUGGGCUUCCAAUCAACCAUAACAAUACAACCAGCGAUUUCUGCUACUUCUGCCAGAAGCGGGUGUACCUGAUGGAGCGGCAAAGUGCAGAGGGCAUCUUCUUCCACAGGGGCUGUCUCAAGUGUGCUUACUGUGGCUUUAGUCUUCGAAUAGGAAACUAUGCUUUUGAGAAAACCCCUGAAGGAGAAUCCAAGUUUUACUGUUACCAGCAUUUAGGAAUGAAGAAGAGAGAGAGAAGGAAGCGAAGUUUUACAGAGGAGGAAGAGCUGCCAAAGAUGGAAAAGAAAAUGUCAAUAAAAGGUUUAGACCCUGAUGCAGUGAAGAACACCCAGACACCAGAGAGGAUAGAGUUUGAGUACAGCAUUGAUAACCUGGAGGAAGAUGAAGAAAGGCAGACGGAACACAACCUCAGAGCAUCACUUAGUGCAGAGUGUCUGUUAGAAGAGGGGGAUGAGUCAGAGAGUGAAGAUGAUGAACUUUCCAGUGAGCAUGAAAGUGACUACAUGUCACAGGAUGAAAUCAACGCCUUUUUGGGUAUAGAGGACAGUUACAGGUGGACCCCUGUGACUACAACUAUUAUACCAGAGCGUAUAGAAUAUGAAUACAGUAUGGGAGAGACUGAUGUAGAAGAAGGAGAGGAGGAGCAGACAUCAUACAAUUUAGGUGCCAUGCUAAGUCGCACUGAAAGCAUGGAUGACAUAGAUGAAGAAGGGGAGCUGUCUGAGGAUGAGGAUGAGGAGCUGAAAGAGGUUGUCAGCUCUGAGGAUGAGGAUACCGUCUCUGAGCUGUCUAGUAUUCACACUGGUGAGCACCUCUCAGAGGAUGAACUCUGGGAAUUCUUAGGUAGCAGUGAGAGUGAGGAGUUGGGUCUGACCUACGCUGAGGAGAUGGUCUUGUCCAUGACUGACUUUAUGUUGGAACAUGUCGAUGUUGAUAGCAAUGCCUCUGAUGGUAGCACCGGGUGUGCAGAGGCCUUAAACACUUGUGGUUCCGAUGCUGAGGCGAAACUAGAUCCUAAUGCAGAAUUAGGAAUUGAUGCUAACUGUGAAACUGCUUUUAAUCCAGACUUAACUGGCACAUCUGUCAAAGAAAUAGUGGUGAAUUCUAAUGCAGAGUUAGCAGACAGAUCUGGUGUAGAGAUAGAGAUGCACUCUAAUACAAACUCACACGUAGUGGUCAAACCUGAUUUAGGGACAGAAGUUCUCUCUGAUAUGGAAGUUCUUGAUAAUUCUGAUGUUGCAGUGGACCCCGGGCCUUGUUUAGGGUUGGAUCCUUCUUCAAGCUUGGAGUCGUGUGCAAGUUCUGGCACAGAAUUGCAUAUAAGCUCAGAUGCUGAGAUCGAGGACUGUCCCAAUGCUGAAUUGCACUCAGAAAUGAAGGAGACUCUUGAUGAUCAUGAGAUAUAUAAAGAUACUGGGAAUAAUGUGCUCACCCCAAUUUCUUUCAGUAAUGAAUUAGAGUCAGUUGUCAAUCAAAAUGCAUUCAUAUAUCCAAUAAAAUGCGUAAUUCCCAAAAAAGACUCCCAGAAUCACAUAACUGAGAAUAUUAGAGAAACAAAUGAAGUACCUGAAACUACAGAUCGAACUGCUGCAGUGCAGAGUGAUGUGGAACUGACAGCAGAUAUAAAACAAAAUGUCUCCCCAUAUCCAGUUAUAGUGCCAAAUGAUAACUCCCAGUGUCAAACUACUGACAAUAUCCCAGAAUUACAGAAAUCUGCUUUAGUUAGUCAGGUUUCUGAGAAUAUUGAUGUCAUAGAUCAGGGAAAUCAGAGUAUUGAUGAGGUUGUUGCAGUAUCAUCUGAUAAAUCAGAUUUAGCUGUAGAGCAAAAGAAAUUCACAUAUCCAGUCGAAAUAACUAUUCCAAAACAUGAUUCUGAAUCACCAUCUCCUCCCGAGCUCAAUAAAGAGCGCGAAGAGGCCGUUUUCCUCCUUAAUGAUGUGACGAGUUCGGGUCAUGAAUGGAUAGAUUACUUAGCCAGGAAGGUGGAGUCUCUUUUACGUCCCAGUGCCUUCCCCGCCACUGUUCUCAUGCACGAGUUUAAAGUUAGACCUCGCAGGGAUGAUGAAGAAGAUCAUGAGAGUGACCUCUCUAGUUUUACGCUCUCCAGGGAUAACUUAGAAUCUUUGACCGAGGACGAACUCUGGUCUUCAUAUUAUGGGGAUGUUGAGGACAACGUGUCCACCAGUGGUCAGUACCUUGACAGUCUGUAUUAUACACCUGGACUUGACCGGUCAGUCAGGAGACCUGGACAACCCCCAACUUCAUUGUGGUCUACCACUCCACCACCCCAAACCUCUCAGGUAGUUUCUCCAACCAGUGCAGCAAUGGCUAAUGCCAGGAGAGCUUUCUUUUUCUCUCCCUCUGAGGGGGUCAGCUUUGAUCCCAAAAACUUCCUGCCUGAUCUACAGCCAAAGGAGCCCAUGAAAGCUGAGGAAGAAACAGCCCCUUGUAAAGAUAUGCCAGAUACACCAUUAGAUGGGAUUGAAAUGUCUAUUACCAGUUCAGAAAAAACUGUUGAAGUGAACACUUCAGAGGAUUUUAGUCCCUUGUCUGAACAGAUCACAGAGGAAUUAGGAAAAUGUGGUGAAGACGUUCACGUCUGCACAGAAAUACCAUGCCUGAACUGUUCUAAUGGAGGAGAAACGGCUAUUCCACUUGAACUAAAAGUUGACUCAAUGUCUCUGACACAUGAACAGCAGGGAACAGAAGAAACAGUCUGUGGGGAUGCCACAUUGCCUUCAACUCUUUCCGCAACCUUAGAAUCUGCUGAAUCUGCAGAUGUUGCUUUUGAAGGAGAUAAGUUUCUUCAUGGCCAGGAUGAAGUGUCACAGGGAGAAGUUCAUGUACAAGAUGAACAGCAUCUGGAGAUUGAACCUAAAGUUUGUGACGAAAAAAAGAACAUGAUUGACUCAGCUGUUGAUAGAGAUAAGAAUACUGAUUUAUUGCUGGACUGUUUGUUGAUAGAUAAGGUGGAGGUGGAAGGAGAGGAUGAACAGGCUUUGAUUCAGGAAAUAUGUGGCUCUGACUCAGACCAACUGAGUCUAUCUAGUCUUCAUAGUAGCGAAUCUAUGUCAGAUAAUGCAGUCCUCGACUUCCUUGGGCUGGGGUAUGUAAAGUGUGAGCUGUGUCAUACAAACAAUUACUAUUUGCUGGCAGAUGCAUGUAGUUUAGAAAUUGAGUUUUUUCUGAUAUCUUACUUUAUAUAUGUGGAUAUUCCAGGACAGAGCAGUGAUAACAAGGAAUUCGCAGAAGACCACUACACAGGAUAUGUAGGAUUGUCAGAGAGUGAACUUGAAGAUGAAGUGUAUAGAAAUAAAGAAGAGGAAGAGGAGGAAGAAGAGGAGGAUGAAUUACAGCGGUCCAUGAAUGAGACAUACAAACUUGCUGAUACUUGGAAUUUGAGGCAUUCCAUGGAGAAUUUGCUGGAGAAGAUGGAUGCUGAGGAGGAGGAGGAGGAGGAAGGGGAUGAGGAAGUAGACGAUGAGACUGAGGAGGAAAGUGAGGAAGAAGAGACAGAAUCUGAAAGUGAAGAAGAAGAGGAAGUACCCCCAGUCACUAAGCAAUCCCCAGUUGAUGAUGGCAAGAAAUCACUGGCAGCCAAAAUGAAGGCCAAAGCAGCAUUCCUGAUGGAGGCUCCCAAACCAGUGAGGCUUGACCCAAACAAAGUGUUCAACGCUCCCUCCUCCCCACCACCCCCUGCUUUUGCUCCUCUGAGUGUGUACUGUGAUACAGACAGUGAUGUCAACAAGUUGUUUGAUGGUAAAACCGAAGAGGUCAUGGUUGGGGAUGACAGCAGUCAUAGAAAAGUAAAGGAAAAUAAGAAACAAUCACCUGUAAAAACACCAAAUUCUGAUAAAUCUAAAGGAAAAACUCCAUCCCCAAAGAAAACUCCAUCUCCAAAGAAAUCUCCAGUGACUCCAGUUAGUGAGGUGUUCAUAACUGGGAGAGAGAGGAGGCAGAAAAAAGUGAAGAAAAAUAAAGCAUCAGACUCUAGUCUCACUAUCUCUACUCCCAGUGGAUCUAUUCAUUCAUCUUCAAGCUCACUUGAUACAGAUUUAGUGGAAUAUAAUAAACGCUUAUUGGAUGUUGACACCCAAAACUUGACUCUUAGCCGUACUUUAGAAAGAAAUCUUGCAGAGGAAAGCUUAAAUACUAGUUUCCAAAGUGUUGAAAAUGAGGGUAAAAUGGACACAUCUGGUGACAGUGUGUACUUGACUCCUAAUAAUGUGGAGAAGAGUCCCACUCAUACCAAGAAGACAUCUGGUAGGUCAAGUUCAAGGUCGGGUUCAAGGUCUGGCAGCUCUAGUCCUGUCAAAUCACCAACACAGAAACUUAUUGACAAUGAAUUUACCAAAAACACUGAAACAAAGAUGGAUUUGCCCAUGAAUCAGAGGAAACAAAAGCUUAAGCUGGAACUUGAUUCAUCUCUUUUGAAGUCUGAUUCUGAUGAAGAAGAAAAGUAUCCUUCCAAUUCCACAUAUGAAGCAGAGGUUGGACGAAAGAAAAUUAAGGCAGACACUUUACUUAAGGAUAUGAGUUACGUUCCUAACACUCCAACCCCUAUUGAUGAAACUGCAAUACCUUUUGCAGACCAGAGUCCUGAGCAUAAAAAACCACAGGACGUGUUUCAUACUCCCGACACAUCAAUGAAGAAAAAACCUGCGGAUUCACAGUCUGAGGUUCCCAAGACAAGACGAGUUCUGCCUGCCAUUCCAGCCAAUAUCAAAUCACCCAGUCAGUUGGGAACAAGUACCCUGGAACGAAUCAAGCGAUCUGGUGAAGCAGAAAGAGAAAAGCUUCGUGCACAAGCACGUCUGCGUGCCAGGUUGAAGAGCAACGAAGAGCUGGGUCUGAGGGAAGGUUAUACACCCCGGAAAUCUGGUGGCAGAAUUCGCUCCAGUGACAGCUCAGGGGCAGAAAGCAUGUCACCCACAAAAGACAUUUCAUCCAUACAGGAAAUGCAUGCUGAGACUGGAGGUAUACCAGGCCUCACUAAGAUUGAAGAGAAGUUGGGUAGGACUCAGUCCCCUCUUGAACAGGAUGAUGUGUUUGCCACUAGUCCAGUGUCACUUGAUGACAUUACCAUAGGGGACACAGAUGAUGAGACAGACAGAGGCCUCUUGCAGGAAUCUCAAACCAGCAGUGGUGCAACUUGGUUUGUGGAUGACAAGCCAGGGUUAGCAAGGACAAUCUCAUCUGAACCUGAGCACACAGGGGAGAAUGGCUCGUGUGGAAAGCCAGAGUCUGCAGGGGAUUUGGGCUCCACAGGGGGUCUCGGCUCCACAGGAGAGCUGGAUUCUGCCGAUCACAUUGCUCAACAAAAUGGAAAGAAAUCAAAGAAAAAGAAGAAGAAGGAGAAAAAAGAAAAGGAAAAGAAAAUUAAAACCCCGAGACAUGAAAAUGGAGAAGUUGAUUCCACAGAGGAGAAGAAAGAUAAAAAGAAAGACAGAAAAUCUAUAUUUUCACUUAUUUUGCCUUCUAGUAAAUCUGGUGAAGGUAAAGAUAAAUCCAAGGAUCGUAAAUCCAAGUAUAAAGUUCCAGAAAGUUCUUCAGAACCACAAACUCCUCAGACUCCAGACUCUGAACUUGAAGUCUCCAUGAAAGACAAAUCAUCCAAACUACGGUUCAGAAAGAACAAAGACAAAGCAAAAACACCAGACUCUGAAACCCCUAGAGGUAAAACCAAGUCCAAAGGCAAGGACAAAAAGAAGGGGAAGAAAUUGAAGGAUGUUAUGGAUGAGGAAGGGGCUUUGAGCUCCAAAGUGAAGGACAUGACCCUGCAGGAAGAGGUGUUUGUCCAUGGAGACAAGACGUACACCAGAGCUGGUCUGCUUUCCAGUGGAGGCUCUGUGGAAGAGAAAGUUGUGGCACCCACAGCAGACGAGGAUGACUUCAGUGAAACAGAUAGUGAAAUGGACUACGAAACUACAGGCAGAUCUAAUCACCGUGCUCCCCUCACAGAGGAAGAGUUCAGUGCCAAGGUGGCCAGGCGUGUCCAGAAAGCUGCCCGCCAGCAGCAGCGCAGUCGCGAGUUGAAGCGUCUCCGCAUGGCUCAAGAGAUUCAGAGGCAGCUAGAAGAGGUGGAGGUGAAGCAAAGAGAGCUGGAGGACAGAGGAGUCAUGGUGGAGAAAGCACUGAGAGGGGAGGGCCCAGAAGCAAGGCGUGAUGAAAAGGAACUGAUGCAGGAAUGGUUCAAUCUGGUCCAUGAGAAAAAUGUCCUGGUUAGAUACGAGUCUGAGCUCAUGGUCAGGGCCAAGGAACUGGAGCUGGAGGAUAGGCAUGGAAGGUUGGAGCAGGCUCUUAGAGAGAAAAUGGCCAUUGAUGACAUGAGGAAAACCACAGAGGAAAUUGAAGCAGAGAAGAAGAUUCUUGAUGAACUUUUGGAAGUGGUUGAACAGAGAGAUGCCUUGGUGGCACUACUGGAAGAGGAUAGACUUAGAGAGCAAGAAGAGGACCAGGACCUUCAAGAAAUGAUGAAGACAAAAGGCUUUGCAUUAUCUCCUAUCAGUUAUAGCAAAAAGUUAAAACCUGCACAAACUAUGUAACAUCUGUGAAUUUAGAUCACAUUGUCAUCCUCACCUAAAGCUACAAGUAUUUAAAAUAAUAUGUAUAAUCUGUGCUUCAAAUAAAGUUGGGUUAACUCCUGGUUACAGCAGUUAUCUGUAAGGUGACAGGUCACUGAAUUGUUGGACUCUGAACUAAACUGAUACAUUUGGUCUUACUACCCAAAUGUAAUCAUCUGCUGUAUAUAACAACAUUCUGCAUCUUUUUUGUGGAAAAGUCCAGAAAUACCAUUGUUCAGUAAGUGGCUCUUGUUUUUAUUGCACAAUUUCUCACUAGAUUUUUUAUGUUAAAUGUGAAAUUACAUAUCUGCCAAAACUGUUUCUACUUCUCAGAUUUUGAAGGAAAACUGAAAAUGUGAUUUAAUGGUAUGUAUGUAGGAUGUAAUAUUUUUGAGGGUCAGGUACUAAGCUUGAUAAUGUCCUGUGAUGUACAUAUCGUUUACUCUGGUUUAUGGAAGGGUUGGGGUUUGUUAUUUUAUCACAUUUCCUAUGAGAUGAAUUAUGACCACAUCUUGGUUGUGAGAGAUGAGGUGCAAUGUGGAUGAUAAACAAAUUUUCCCAUUUUUGCUGUAUGAGCAUUAGAUCUUGUAGGGUUGCUUGAUAAUAUACUUAACCUUUUUGUGAUGUAUAAUGUGUAGGAUUGAGGAUCAUAUUUACCUUUGCCAGUAGGUAUAUAAUGACAACAUAUGGGACAGUCAUCCAAAUCAUAAGGGUUCAGGUUGCAACCAAAUGUUAUCCCAAAUCUUUGAUCUCCACAACAUGCCACGGUAGUUCACAUAAUACAGAGCAGUAUGCCAUAAAUAUGAUAUGAGGAUAAUUAAGCUUGGUUAGAAAUUAUAAAAGUGUAUAAUUAAAUAUUUUGUUUAUGUAUUUUGAAUCAGUUUUUGAUUGAAGAGGUUCCUCUAUUGUAAAUACUGGAUCCUCUAGUAUAUAAGCACCAGUAGUAAGCUUUAUCCUCUGUCCUUUUUUGAGUGCCAUGGUAGGUCAAUUUUUAUAUAUAAACACAUGGAUAGUCUCAGUUUUAUAUAUAGUAAUAUAUAUUGUGUGGACAAAAAUUCAUGUGAUAUCUGUAUAUAAUGAUACAAUGCAUCAAGUCUCAGCAAUCUCAAUAAAUUUUGUUUCUUUCA